GGGAAGAGGAGAGGAGAGGAGGAGCGAGUUGACGUUGUUGGGUUGGUUUCAGUGAGGAGCAGUGCUCAGUGUGACACAGACACACACAGAGCAGAGGAGGGGGAGAGUGUGCGGUGUGUGUGCGGUGUGUGUGUGCGGUGUGUGUGUGUGUGCGUUAACCUUGAGCGGUAUUCGCAGGGAAAGCAAAGGGCGGGAAAGAGGGACCGAGAGGAGGCGAUGGCUGACAGCGGCUCCGGGAUGGAGGGAGAGGAGACCGUCAUUCGCUUCGCCCGCAAAGGCGCUCUCAGACAGAAAAACGUUCACGAGGUGAAAGACCACAAAUUCAUCGCUCGUUUCUUCAAACAGCCGACAUUCUGCAGCCACUGCACCGACUUCAUCUGGGGCUUCGGAAAGCAAGGUUUCCAGUGUCAAGUUUGCUCCUUUGUUGUCCACAAACGUUGCCAUGAGUUUGUCACCUUUUCGUGCCCAGGAGCAGACACGGGACCUGCCUCUGAGGACCCGCGGAGCAAACACAACUUUAAGGUGCACACGUACUCCAGCCCCACCUUCUGUGACCACUGUGGCUCCCUGCUGUAUGGCCUCAUCCACCAAGGCAUGAAAUGUGACAUAUGUGUAAUGAACGUUCACAAGCGAUGCGUAUCCAAUGUGCCGAGCAUGUGUGGGAUGGAUCACACUGAGCGACGUGGACGACUCUUCAUCAAGGCUGAAAUUGUCAAAGAUCUUCUGACGGUGCUGGUGAAAGAGGCAAAGAAUCUGGUUCCUAUGGAUCCCAACGGCCUGUCAGACCCCUACGUGAAGCUGAAACUGAUCCCUGAUCCAAGGAGCGAGAGCAAACAGAAAACCAGGACUAUGAAGUGCUCCCUGAACCCCGAAUGGAACGAGGCCUUCACAUUUACCCUCAAGGACUCGGAUAAAGAUCGGAGACUUUCCAUCGGAGUGUGGGACUGGGAUCUAACCAGCAGGAACGACUUCAUGGGAUCGCUGUCCUUUGGCAUUUCAGAGCUGCAGAAAGCGGGAGUGAAUGGCUGGUUUAAGCUGCUGAGUCAGGAGGAGGGAGAGUAUUAUAACGUGCCAGUGCCCCCAGAGGAUGAGGACGAAGGAAAUGAGGAACUGCGGAAGAAGUUUGAGAGAGCUAAGAUUGGCGCUGGCUCCAAGGCGCUGGAGGAGAAGAGGAACAGCGCUGCCAGGACCGACAACGGCAACCGCGAUCGGAUCAAACUCGGCGACUUCAACUUCCUGAUGGUGCUGGGCAAGGGCAGCUUCGGCAAGGUGAUGCUGGCGGAGAGGAAGGGCACUGAUGAGCUGUACGCCAUUAAGGUGCUGAAGAAGGACGUUGUGAUCCAGGAUGACGAUGUGGAGUGUACGAUGGUGGAGAAGCGAGUGUUGGCCGUGGCGGGCAAACCGCCCUUCCUCACUCAGCUCCACUCCUGCUUCCAGACCAUGGAACACUUGUAUUUUGUAAUGGAAUAUGUGAAUGGGGGAGACCUCAUGUACCAGAUACAGCAAGUCGGCAGAUUCAAGGAGCCACAUGCCGUCUUCUACGCCGCUGAAAUCGCCAUUGGUUUGUUCUUCCUGCAUCGCAGAGCCAUUAUUUACCGAGACCUGAAGCUUGACAAUGUGAUGCUGGAUUCUGAGGGACAUAUAAAGAUUGCUGACUUUGGGAUGUGUAAGGAGAACAUGAGCGACGGUAUCACCACCAAGACCUUCUGUGGCACGCCUGACUACAUUGCCCCCGAGAUCAUCGCCUACCAGCCUUACGGGAAGUCAGUGGAUUGGUGGGCUUUUGGGGUGUUGCUGUAUGAGAUGUUGGCUGGACAGCCCCCUUUUGACGGUGAAGAUGAGGAUGAGCUUUUCCAGUCCAUCAUGGAGCAUAACGUCACUUACCCCAAAUCCAUGUCCAAAGAAGCCGUCUCCAUCUGUAAAGGGCUGUUGACCAAACACCCGGCCAAGCGGCUGGGCUGCAGCCCCGAAGGUGAGCGAGACAUAAAGGAGCACGCCUUCUUCCGCUGGAUCGAUUGGGAAAAGCUGGAACGUAUGGAGAUCCAGCCUCCCUUCAAACCCAAGGCCUGUGGUCGCAACGCAGAGAACUUCGACCGUUUUUUCACCCGCCAUCCACCAGUGCUCACACCUCCUGACCAAGAGGUCAUCAUGAACAUUGACCAGGCUGAAUUCGAGGGAUUUUCCUUUGUUAACACAGGCUACCUAAAGCCUGAGAUCACCUGUUAAGCACCCGUUCAGGUGUGGGUGGGGGGAGGAAGGGAGAAAGAAAGAGAGAGAGAGGGCGAGCUAGCAGCUGUGUCCUUGAGUGGAUGAGUGGGAGAGGUUGGUUUGGAGUUGGUUGGUUGAUUGGUUGAUUGGUUGGAUGAACCUGACCUUUGCAUGCCCCGGCUCUUGCUGUUAAUCAUGGCUGCUUUCGCAAAUCUCCACGUGUCGGAAUGCAGUUUCUCAUCACCUCAUCAUUGCACAACAAAUGCUAGAAUGAAUGCAAACGUGUUGGAAAGGCUGUACUGCUGUUGUCUGAUAUGAUAUGCCCAGCACUUGCCUUUCAUUGGGUCUCUCUGUCCGAAGAUGCUUUGCUCUCAGAUUGCCAAAGUCAAGUUGUCCUGUGUUGGUUUAUUAAACUGCCUUAAUCUUGUGGCUUACGUCAAUGAAUGCUUUUCUGCUAAACUUCUCUCUCUCUCGAAAAGAUCAGUGGAAAAAAAAACGGUGUCAAAACACGUGUUUGUUUUUUUCUAAAUGUGUUUUUUUCUUUCCCGAGAAUGUAAAGAUGAACGAUGGCUGAAAUAUUGGUUGUGACGUGCGGUUGGAAAGCGGUGUAAAUGCUGAUCUUUAGACGUGCUGUGAUUUGCAAUAAGAAUAAAGUACAACGAUGUAGAAGAGAUGUAAUUUCUCACAGUCUCAACCUUAAGACCGUUGUCUUAAAAGUUAAGAUAAUGCAUCAUUUUUGGAAAAUCCUUAAAUAUAGUCAUUUUCCAGAUGCCAUUUUUCUGCUGCUUUUUUUUCAAAAAAAGAUCUGAAUUUAAGAUGAACUUGAGACUGAAUUUAAGAAUUCUCUUACCCUGCAGGAUCUUAUUUACGAGGCAACAGUCUUAAGGCUGGGGCUGUGAGAAUUCUAGAGUCUCGGAAUCUCUAUUUGUGACCGACUGACUCCCAGUCACCAGUCAGAGACUCGAGCGAAUUUAAAAUUGAUUUGAAACUUUAAAAAGAAGGAACGAGGAAUAAAAUGUUGCAUGAGUAUUAUUGUUAUUGGUGUGUGUGUGCGCGUGUGUGUGUGGGUGUUGCUGCGAGUAGAACAAUAUGCCGAAUAUUCCAGUGUUGAUCUAAUAAAGAAAAUCGCACAGAAA